AUGUUAUUCAUAGACCUUUCAGCCGAUGACCGUCUCACGCUUUUUAUCACACAUGGAGGUGCCGGUAGCAUGAUGGAGAGCGCACACUUUGGGAAACCAGUAAUAGUGGUUCCCUUGUUCGGCGAUCAACUUAGAAAUGCGAAACUGAUCGAGAAGUUUGGUUUUGGUGUUGUUGUUGAAAAGACUCAGCUUCUUCAUGGCAGCGUGCUCAGCGAAUCACUCGACUUGAUUCUAAACGAUCCCAGAUACCGAUUAGCUGCUCAUCGCAUAAAAAGCCUUCUAUCACAGCGGCCAUUCACUCCACAAGAGAAGCUUGUCAGGACAGUUGAGCUAGCCGCUCAGUUUGGUGAUCUACCCGAAUUUAAAGUAGCUGGAAGGAAAUCUAGGAUUUAUUGUUUACUACAAUAUUGA